UUGGGGCAUGCUCUUACACGCGGGAGUGAUCUUGGCAACCGUUGUUUACCAUAGAGAGUGGCGAGUUGUAAAUAGAAGUUAGUGUGUUUAUCCUGUAGAAAGAGAAAGAUGUCCGACUUUGGAUCUGAAGAGGGUGAAGAAGAUCAGGGCCCAUACCUUGGGGAAUAUGAAGGAGGGCGUAACGAAAAUGAGGAACGUCAUGGACAUGGCAAAGCAACAUUACCAAAUCAGGACACAUAUGAAGGAAUGUAUGAUUGUGGUAAACGGCAUGGCCAAGGUGUUUACAGAUUCAAAAAUGGUGCAAGAUACAUCGGAGAAUAUUUAAAAAACAGAAAACAUGGUCAAGGAACAUUUAUAUAUCCAGAUGGUUCAAAAUAUGAAGGAAGCUGGGUAGAUGACCAGAGGUGUGGUUUUGGUAAAUACUCCUAUGUAAACGGUGAUAUGUAUGAAGGAGAGUGGAAGGACCACCAAAGACACGGACAAGGGACAUACACAUACGCUGCAACUGGCACAAAAUAUGUGGGCAGAUGGCAAAAUGGAAAACGGGAAGGACAUGGUGAACUUAUUCAUGCAAAUCACAAAUAUGUUGGAGUGUUCAAAGAGGAUAAGCCAAUGGGAAAAGGAAAAUAUGUUUUUGAUAUUGGAUGUGAGCAACACGGAGAAUAUAUACCUAUUGAACAAGAGAAGGAGGACAAAGGGGAUGAUGAGGAACCCUCAGCAAACAUCAUUCCAAAGUGGAAAGCUGGCCAGGUUACUCCCAUCCAUCUCAAAACAGAGGAGGACUUAGAGGAGGAGGCCAAGGAGCAGGCAGAAGAAGCAGAAGUUGUAGUUGAAAAGGAAAACCAAGAAGAACAAGCUACAUCUGAACAGCCUGCGGAAUCACAAGGGGAAACAACUGAGGAAAAGAAAGACGAGAAACCUGCAGAAACCGAGGAGAAGAAAGAAGAUCAGGAAGACACACAGGAGAAGGUAGCACCAGAAGUCACCGUGGAUGACACGACAACAGGCGGAGAAGAGGGCGGAAAUCAGGAGACGGCUGAAACGGCCCAAGAGGAGGAACAGUCAGCAGAAUAACUGUCCAACAAACAAACUUUAAGAUUCAUAAAUACCCGAAUUUUGUGAUAUUUCAUGUUACUUGUUCAUUGUAUAAACUCAGAAAACAAUAAGAACAGUGAACUGUCUUUCAAUUAGGAUUACCAUUGGCUUGUGUACAGGAGAUCUCAUGAAUUAAAAGGUCAUAAUCUACAUAAAAAAGCACCAGGGAUGCAAACAUUUUCAGGAUCACUGCAAUAGUUCUCUAUAGAUCUGAAGAAAUAUUCAAGGCAUAUUUUAUGAAAUGGAAGUAGUGCAGGGUAGUUAUAGGGCUUCUUCCGCAGCACUGCACAUGGGAGUACUGUAGGGCUGUCACAGAGAACAGAGGGGGUUGUGCUCCUGGUGUUUUUACAUCCAUAUCUAUUGGGUAUUCUCUAUUAUAUAUGUUUUAUUGAUAUUUAAUAUGCAAACUCCAAAGACUUGAAAAGCAGAUGCAUUUAUAUAGGUUCUGUUUCUUCUUUUCUAACUGUGAGGCUGACAAAUAAAUAUCUUUAUAAUCAAACUGAUAUACACUCUUACAGUAUCUAAAGAGAACCACCAGAUUUUCUUUUUAAAAUUGCCAUCUAAAAUUUUAUACUGUUUUACUUUGUAUUUAAUUUAAAUAAAUUACUUUCAGUACAUAUUUUGA